CCACAGCAACUGCCUAAGAAAAUGCCACCGCUCCACGAUCCACGAGAUUACGUGCAUUUCCUAACGUCGAACUGCGGUACUAGCGGUAUGGGCUUGCACGAAAGCAGCGUCGGUGGUGGUCCCGGUCCGCGUACUACUCCAGACAUUCCGAAAUUUUUCCUCGACGCCAUCCAGAAGAUGAGUGAGCGGAAACUAGCGGGCGGCGAACAGGAGGAAGCGAUCAUGAACAACGAAAAUAACAUCAAUUGUGAUAACCAAUUGCCACCAUCGAAACGAACCAUCGCCGGUGAAGCAACGAUAGCUGUGACUCCCAAGCUGCCCGAACGGCCAACUUGUUCGAAGAAGAUCGUCAAAAUCUACGUCGAAGAGGAUGACGCAAACUCGGUUGUUACGACGGAAGAAGAUGACUGUAUUUCGCCCGGCUAUCAUACCUCGCUGCCGAUGGAGGUGCACGGUUCGUGCUAUUCCAACAUGCAAAUCAUCUCUCAAGCAUCCUACAGCAAGCUCAACUGUGCCGCCGUUGUCGUCACGCAGAACUCGUUCGACAUGGAAACGUUUUCCUUUCACGUGGCCAAUCACAUCUGCACCCAGGACAGCAAAAAGUAUGGCAUCCUGCUCGAUUCAGCGUACGAACUGACACACGUAUGCCCAUUGACUGCAACCAUCACGUGCACGAUGGUACUACAGUUUACCGCUAACGACGUGAACAGCAGCAAACCGCAACAGUGCAAGAGCUGCGCCGGUACGAUCGACUGUCAGACGCACCGUAAAGUAUACCAGUGCCGGUCGCUCUUCACCUGGUGCGUCAUGACCGGUGACUGGGCGGUACUGGAUUACGGGAGUUUGUGCACCGGUCCGUAUCUGAACAUGCAAAAGCUCGCAUCAAACUACAACCGGCUGUUGAAAAAGCUACGAAAGUUCACCAAGAAACUGUUUGCGAAUGGUGGGGAAAGUGAAGCAAGUGAUAGGACGUACGAGUUUCUGCACCACCUUCGGGUGCACGAUUCGGAUGUGAGCAAAACGAAGGAAAGGCUAGUGGACCUGGAAAACAUGAUCGAGUUCUAUCGACGGCACCCGGGCGAGUGUAACGAUGAUCAGUUCAGUAACUCCGAUCUGGACAGCUACGGCGAGGAGGAGGAAAACGAUGAGGAAGAGGAGGAGGAGGAGGAUGGUGACAGUUCGGCCGAUGAUAGCUACACCGUGAUCGGUGGAACAUCGAUCGCCUCCGACACAGUCAGCGAUGAGGACGAUCUGUAGAGGUGAUUAGUGGAUAAGGACGGGAUAAGGCACCUUGCAAGCAACGGGAUUUGCUGAUAAGGUUUAGGUUCGAGCGAUGCAGAUACGUCUACGUGACGAGCUAGAAAAAAAAUACGAUCGAAAAACCGUUUGAAGUUAAUUUAUUGAGCAACAGACUGGAUUCUACUACUUGUGGGUAUUGGAAAAUUGCUUUAUGAUUCCGUGACCUACAAGCUCAACGCCCCAAGCAUGUACAAUACGACGGAACACUGCGUGUUUCACGGGGGGCUUUUGCGAUCUACAUUACGCGUUACUAGACGUUUCUACACACCUAUCCACGAUAUUAUAAUCGUAGCAGAAAAAGGUAAAGCGCUCACGCAGGGAAGAGGGAAUGGGAUUUCGAAUUGCCAUGGAAUUGGAUUCGUUUAUCCAGAACGGUCCUAUUAGGCUCAGGUAAAACGCGCGAUAUCGACUGACAACGGUAGUAAGGGAGUGUACAUUGGCCGAAGAUGAGUUGAGGCGAAUGUUUCAACGGAUAGCGGUGCGAUUGUUCGGACAUUCGAAACGGCCAUGCGCCGGUCAGGAGGUUGUGAUGAAGUCAGAUUACUUUUUUUUCUCUCUCUUUUAAGGCAUAAGAAUCUGAAUAAAAUGGACAGCAAAUGAACUGAG